CUGCAGACCCCUCAAGCUACUACAUACUAGGAACAACUAUCUUUCUACACUAUCCGUCAGCAGAUGACACAAAUUAAUCACUAUUAUUCCGAUGUCCUAAAUAAUUAGAAGAAUCCUCCAGCUAUGGCGACAGCUCAGGUGCAGAAUUUACUACGCUUCCUAUCCCAGGAUGCCAAAGUCCCACUGGCAACUGCUAUGAGCAAAGUCAUGGAGCUACAAAAGGCAAACCUCACAACCGCCGAGCAAAUCUCCAAGACAGAACUUAAGACACUUCAAGACACAUUCAAGGACGAUAAGCUGGCAAAGCAGGUGUUCAAUGCCGCAAAGCGAGUAUCCAAAAAGCGGGCAGCUCCAACUGAGGGCGCACCAUCACCCCAGAAGAAGACGAAAGGUCCAAUCAAAACAGAAGGCGCAGUACCAUUCGAAACGGAGCGCAUGCUGUCCCUUCCAGUCUCAUCGGCAGCCGAGGAUGAGCUGUCGAACGUUGUCAUACUUACCAACAGGGCUCCUCUGGUACUUGCCUUUGCCGUUAGUGUCUUGAGACAUACGAUGCCCGAGCAGCCAGUUUCUAGCAGGCUCAGUCUAGCCCAGGCGGUGGUCAGUGCGAAUAGUCGCUCGAAAGCCGUCAGUAUAGGUAUUGCAGAUGGAGAUUCGGCCGAGCAAGAAGGAUGGGGGGAAGGGCAACCGGUGAUCAAAGUACUAGGGAGAGAAGUCAAGGUCUUGAAAAGAUGGGAUUACAACCCCAGAGAAGGCCAACCUACAGAGGAGGAUUACACAAACAAAGAUGCAUCGUUGCCAGGUAAUCCAGACGAUGUUUUCGGACAAACCGUAUCCGGUGAAUCAGAAGCUACGCCACCGCUUUGGGGUAUCGACCUUGAAACCUUGCGGAGUGCUCACGAAACUACAUCGAAAAGGUCCUCCAAGACUGAUAGCAGUCUUCCUAUCUUCACGCCGAAUUCUGCCCGUUCUUAUUUAUACCGAUCGUUCAUGAAGCCCCGCAGUCAAAAUAGCGAACCGGCGGGCAAGUCCAAGCAGAAAAGCAUGUCGGAGGUAGAGGGAGAAAAAGAGGCAUGUCUGGGGCAUCUCUUACGCAGCAUUGAUAUGGUCUGUCGGUCCUGGGUGCCUUUCCUCGACAAGGACGAACUAGAUCGGCGAGCGUGGGCUUGGUAUUUACACGUCAGACCUCCAGUUCAAGGUGGAGUCGAGGGUUGGGGAGAGAAAGGACUGGUGAAAUUGUCAGAUAUCCUGGCUCUGAGAAGGCCACCAUAAAUGCCCGCUUGAGAGGUUUUGCUGCGUUCACAACCAGAUUAACCUAUUCAGCCGACAUCACUAUAAGAACCGGACCAGGUGAAAGCUGAAGUGUUGAGGAGAAUUAUGGCUCCCCAGAGUUACCAUAUUUGUUUGACUUCAGGCUAAAGUUGAUGGCAGUAGGGCUCGUCGGCUAUCUUCCAACAAUGCAGUACUUGAAUCGAUUGAUGGUUCAGCAAGAGCUGCUAUGUGGGUCGCUGGACCUCAUGGUCGCAACCUAACCGCCUAAGGCCGAAGAAAUGACAAGUUUGGCUUAACGGUGUACGGUGGAUAGCGGUUUGUACGGAGUAGAGGUAACGGUCCAUGAUCAGUUCGAUUGUUCGAAUAGUCCCA